UCAAUGAUUGGCUGCCACGACGUAGCUUCACCAGGAACACCAUCCGUCUCUUCUACCACUGCCCCUCUCAAUCGGUCAGCCAGCCUUCAGGAACAAGUAGCAAGAGCAUUGCAAACAAAUUUUCUUCUUCUACACCAGCCCGCUCCCAAUGCUUUCAUCAUACUUGAUCCGAGUCCCGUUAAUGUUUGCCAAUGGGAAAUGGCUGGGUCUGCUGCAGCGGGAUGCCCCACAACUGCUCCCAAACGUCAACGCUUUCGGGUAACCUUGGGAGGACACUCAUCCGGUUGCAGUUGCUCUGACCAGCCCCUCGUCUGUCCAGCGUCCACCCGUUCACCUUGUGCACACACUCUCUUUGUCCUUCUCCGCAUCCUCCGCCUGCGAUUGGAAGACCCUCGAAUCUCAAGGCCGCGGUUAGAGAACUGUGAGGUGGAGCCUCUACUUCAGCGCUAUGCUCGUCUACGAGCCUCCAACUUCCGCCUACCAGGAGCUCAUCAUGCCACAGAAGUUAUCACUUCCACUUCCAUCGCUUCCACCACUACCGCUGCUACCAAUCUGGGACAGAAUAAUCAACCUACCGCUCGCAUUGUGAUGCCCCGUCCUGUUGUUCUGAAUGCUGCAGUUCCAAAUUCCUGUCUCUUGGCUGCUAUGCAUGCUUCUGUAGGGUCGUCAGAGUGCUCUGAGCUCUCUAACAUAACACGGAGCAUUGAACCAUCCUCGCGUGGUUGUGAAAUCGUCUCUGUGUGCCGACGCUGCCUUUCUCACGCCUCAUCUACUGGUGGUGCAGGCGUUGGUUGUAGAAGUGGUGACAGUGGCGCCGGGAGUGGCGGUGGUGGGGGCGGUGGUGGUGGAGGAGGUGACAUUAACAUUAGUGGUGGAAGCGUGGAGACAGAGGACGGGGAAGGUUUCGAACGCAGACCUAAAACAGAGCCCCAAGCCUACUAUGAUACUCUCAAUUCAAGAAUAAGCAUCCUCAAUUCCGCUACUGCUAGACAUGCGCUUUCCACCACCUUCCGACCGAUUGGUGAACCAAAUUCCAAUCCCGAGACCGAUCCCGAAACUGAAGGCGUCUCCUCCUCGAGUCGAAGCAGUCGAUUCUUGGAGACUCCCUCUCAGGGCAUGGUGAUGGUUGCCGUCACCCGAAGUGGCGCCUCUGUGGACGACACUCUCACCGGUCAAUUACGUCGCUCUGCUAGUCCAGACACCGUCGCUGUCGAAAUGGCUACUGUAUGUCGCCUGUGCAUGCGCGAACUUCGACCUCCGGAGCCUCUAGCUACUGUCUGCUCUUCUGUUGACUGUGGUGCGACUUUUCAUCAGGAGUGCUUCUGCAUCUGACUGAAUACAGGCGGGAAAAGUGGGUUGCAACUAAUUAUGCCCCUGGAGGGUGGUAUGGAGGUGGAGCUGAGGCUUGACGAAGAGAAUAAGUUUUUAAUGCCCCUCUUCUCCAAAACUUCGUCAGGCUAUCCGUGUUUGGGGGAGUGGGAGGCGGGGUGGAGGGAGGAGAGGACUGCCUUCGCCGUCAGCCAUGAGCCCGGUGGUGUUGGCGAUGAUUGUGAUGGUGGUGGUGCUAGUGUUGGUGCUUUCAUGCUAUUUGUAGGGCAGGAGGAAUGUGAAAGUGAAACGGGCUCACUUUACUGUCCGGUAUGCGGACGUGUCUGGACCAACGCGUUGACCCCCACGAAUCUUCCUGAGGGCGGGAUGCGUCGGGUGCCCCCCUCUACCGCCCCUCUGCCCACAGCUCCACCACUCCAUGAGGUCACUCCCACCUGGGCGUCGGUCAGUGGCAUGGAGAACGCAAACCUUCUUCUUUUGCAGAACCAAAUUAUUCCUGGAUUGAGAAGCAGUUUGGCUGUGUGGAAAUCGGUCUUUUCAGAGGAGGCGAGUGAGAGUUUAGCGCUUAAGGGUCAUAAUUGGGGCAAUUUUAUUGUUUUAGGAGUGAAGACUUUUUCUUUGUCUCCUCAGGUUGCUAUGGGGAUGAUUUCACCCUACUGGCACGUCCGUCAGAGCGCUUUACGUCAGGUUGCAAAAAUCACCAUUUGUCGCGUACUGAUGGCACGGAAGGCUACCACGACGGCAACUACAGCCUCACCCUGUCAACAGCCUACCGAAGGUUCUCCCACCACACCCAACAAUUUGGGCUGCGAGUCCCUUCGAAUGUCCAUCCGACUGAUCCAGUACCUUCUUAGCGAUCCGGCAGACGAGGUCUUCAUUGCUUCACUGUGUGCAUUUCGAGAAAUUCUGGGCUACCUCAUUUGCCUCGACACGGAGACCAUGACGGCAUUGCAACGCACAAUUGCACCAGUUCUACGACGGUUGUUGAUAUUUGUUGGUGGCUACCUAACUCCCGGCUACAUACCCAUCAAUAACGUGGCCAACCUAAACCUUCCAACCGCUACAACGUCAACAGUGACCACCGAGGGCGGAGCAGCACCCAUCGAUGUGACACUUCCACCACCGCCGGAUCAACAUCGACGAGCCAAUUUAGCUCUGGUGACUCUUGUAGAGCUGGCCAAGGGUCAGGAGGGUGAAAUGUCCAUUGGAAGGGACACCAGCAACGCGGAGGAAUGCAUGUCCAUCAGCGGGCUGCCGCAUAUGGCGCACUUUCUACUGCGUUCGGCCAAAUUUCAUCAAACUCACUUGGUGGGUCGACUGAAGCUUUUAGAGAAGCUAGUGGAAAUGCACCGUGAAACGGUUGCUGCAAUCAGCACUGGCGACAGUGCUGGUGAGGUUCCAGUUACCAAAGACGCGUCCAAUAAGCGCAUCAGCUACCGUCACCUUUGUUCCAGUCUUAUCUUCACCCGACGUCACGUCUAUCCUCCUGAACAGCCCGUCUUUCCGCACAAUCUUGUGUCUGAAGAUGCUAUGGCAACGCGAUUUCGGAGGAAUCCCAUAGCAUUUGCAAGCAACACCACUGCAUCCCCCCUCAAGGUUGUGGGAGUGGCCGGCCAACAACCUGAGGAGGUGCAGAUUAGCUCUUUCGCCUGUCUUAUGGAAGCUAACAUCAAAGCCAGCCGACUCGCCCGACGCGUGUUCAUUACAGUAGCACGAGCUUUGCUCCAAGAACCCCGAUCCUCCUCUUCGGCCAAUGGAAGUUCACUUCCUGACGCUGAGAGUUUCGUCAGUGCUGAAAUCAAGCUUCUCGAUGUCAGUUUAGCUGCCAAACUACGUGCCAAAUUAGCCGAUCUUCUCAACGCGAACACCACAACCACUACUACCAGUUCCGUGGCUACUGUCAUCGCAUCCAACCCAGUUACCGUCAAUGCUACGAAUAAUACUGUCACCGCAAAUGCCUCCGUCGUAGCCUCUACUACCACAUCGUCUCAGCCACCACCCCCACCACCUGAGCAUGAAGUUCCACCCGUUCCUCCACCUCGACGCUUUUCCCAGACCAAAGCGCCUGUUCGACCUCCGUCCACUAACAAUAAUAAUACGCGGAUAAUCACUCCCAACGGUGUUAGAGUUGCUCUUGAACCCGCUUACGACCACGUAGCACUCUCCGAAACUGCUGGUGUCUACAGUAGCAGUGAAGAGGAAGAGGAUGGGGAAGGUGGGGAUGAGGAACCUCUGGAGAAACUAGAUUGGGAGGAGGUUAGAACAACACAACAACCACAACAACACCAGUAUCAAGGAAAUGGAGAGCCUGCUAGGAAUUUAGCACCAUCCUGCAUUCCGGUCAUCCCAAGUCCAGCAGAACUGUCAGCUUUGAAAACGGCCCUUCGAAGAGCCGCUUGGUCACCCGUGCCUUUGGUGACGAUUCCUAACCUUGCACAGGCUUUGGACACCAAAGACCCACUAAAAAGCGAGUAUCGAUACAGAGAGGGAGUUGAUUGGUUACUGGGACCCUUUCUUGGUAAGGGUGCAUUUUCACUAUGCUAUCAGGCUCGCGACAUUCGAACGGGCACGCUGAUGGCGGUGAAACGACUGCGUUUCGUGGGUGACUCCUCUGCAGAGGCGAUGGAGCAACUGGUAACCGCGAGAGAGGAAGUGGAGAUAAUGCGACGACUUUAUCAUCCCAAUGUUCUCCGUCUGUUCGGUAUCGCCUACAAUCCUGAGAAAAAGCACGUGGACAUCUUCGUAGAAUGGAUGCCGGGCGGAAGCAUCACAAGUUUACUGAACCAGUAUGGGGCCUUUACUGAACCCGUGUCCUUGGCUUACAUCCUACAGGUGGUUAGAGGCAUCUCUUGUCUUCACAAACAUGGGAUUCUUCACAGAGACUUAAAAGGAGCAAAUUUACUGGUUGACUGCACCGGAAGUGUUGUACGUAUAUCGGACUUUGGUGCCUCAGCACGACUGGGCAGCCAGGGCAGCGUAGCAGGUCAAUUUCAGGGUCAAGUAAUCGGCACCUUCGCUUUCAUGGCUCCAGAAGUGCUUAGAGGCGAGACGUAUGGUCGAGCAUGCGAUAUCUGGUCAGUCGGAUGCUGCUUGUUGGAGAUGUUGAGUGGUAAACCUCCCUGGAAUGACUCCCGACUCACAAAUCAAUAUGCCUUGAUGUUUACGAUUGCAUCAACUGAUCAACCGCCCUCUUAUCCAAAGUCAAUCAGUCCUUCAGUCAAACAGUUUCUAGAUUCAUGUUUCAAUCGUGUUCCGGAACAGAGACCCACAGCUCAUCGUCUACUUCAACAUCCUGUUUUCUCAGCUAUCAUCUCCGCGCCAGAGCCCUCCACGAAGGCGUCAAGCACAUCGAAGACCACAAACAGCAGCCUUUCAAAGAGUUUUACUGCUGUCAGUCUUUCGAGCAGUUCAUCCUCGUCGUCGCGUGCCACUAGUCGUCACCGCGCUCUCCCACCAGUCCCACAUGAGAGCUCCCUUCCACCCACCACCUUAUCUCCCUUGACAAAUUAUGACAAACUCGUCUCUCCAGUGCCCACAACAACUCGGCAGCAACAGCAUCAAGUGGUGCCUCCGCAGCGCAAAAUUUGCCGAAACCAAUGA